UCUUCCUUAAAGAAAAGAGCAGAAAUAGAGAGUAAAAAGGUGUUUACUCAGAAUUUGUACAGCUUACUUCUAUCUACACCGGUCAAGGGGAAAACUGUACUUGCAUUGGAUCCUGGGUAUACUAAUGGUUGUAAGAUGGCAUUGCUUAGUCCUACAGGUACUGUACUGGAGACGGGACUCAUGUUUCCUACUGGAAGAAAGGCAAAUAUUAAAAAUGCACAGUCAGAAGUGUUAUCACUUGUUCGAAGACACAGUUGUGAAACCAUCGCGAUAGGGAAUGGUGUUGCAUGCCGGGAAACGGAAAUGUUCAUAGCCAAGAUGAUCAAAGAAGAAGCGUUUUCACCUCUAGAAGUUGUGUAUUGCAUCGUCAGUGAAGAUGGCGCAUCGGUUUACAGUGCGUCCAAGGAAGCCAUUGCUGAGUUACCAGACAUUGACCUUAGUAUGCGCGGGGCUGUAUCAAUUGGGAGAAGACUACAAGAUCCCCUCCUCGAGCUCGUCAAGAUUGAGCCUAAGCAUUUAGGAAUUGGGAUGUACCAGCACGAUAUUCCUGAGAGCAUGCUACGUACGGCACUGCAAGGUGUCUUUACUGAUUGCGUUAGUUUAGUUGGUGUGGAUGUUAAUGCUGCUGGUGUAAGCACUCUCAAGCACAUUGCAGGUUUAAACGAGAAAAAAGCUGCCAGCAUUUUGGAAUGGCGAACCAAGAACAAGCGAUUUGAAAACCGAAAACAGUUGGCCUAUGUGAAGGGAAUUGGAAAAAAGUCUUAUGAACAGUGUAGCGGUUUUCUAAAAAUUCUUCCUGAUUGUUCCCGAAACGUGGAUUCAGAAGUCGUCAAAUCAGAGGAAUAUUUUCUUAUGGCGAAUAAUGAUGAUGAUGAUGAUUUCGAUGCUAGUAAAAGAUCUAAGCGAAAGCGACCUCAAAAGAAGAGUGUCUCAAAGCGGUCAAAACCAUCGUGCACUUCGUCUGGCUAUAACUAUCUAGACGCGACGCUGAUUCAUCCAGAAUCUUAUGAAUUUGCAGAAAAACUUAUGAAAAACCUGUCAGUAAGUGCACGAGAUAUUGGUACAACAAAGAUGAUAGCAGCCAUCGAAGGACUAAUGGUCAAGGAAAGUGUCUAUAAUCUAGCCAGUGAGUAUGGUGUGGAUGUCUCUACUGUUGAACUGGUGAUUGAUGGACUUAAAAAGCCGAUAGACUAUGACAUUCGCUCAAGUUUUGAGAAGCCAGUUUUCAAGAAAGGCCUGAUGCUAUUUGAAGACUUACAGCCAGGGAUGCCAUUAUCAGGACGCGUGACAAAUGUCACGACAUUUGGCGCGUUUGUGGAUUGUGGAGUGGGGCGUGACGGUUUGAUUUAUGAAUCACAACUCAAAAAUCGUGACGAUCCUUUAUCUGCUGGCGAUGUUGUAGAAGUGACAGUGAACAGUGUUGAUAAUAACAAAGGACAAUUUCAACUUAGACUCGUUUCCGUAAGACCAAGAUUGAAGGCUCAAUUGCUAACGACUAGUUGAUUGGAUGCGUCAAUCUAAUACGGCGUCAUUUGCACUUUUUCAACUGAGGUUUGUUUCCGUAAGACCAAGAUUGAAGCCUCCAACUUGCUUACGAACAGUGGAUUAGAUGCGUCAAUUUAAUCCGUAAUCGAUUGCGUAUCGUCGUUGCGUUAUACGUAAAGGGCAAUUUCAACUCAGGCUUGAUUCCGUACGGUCUAGAUUGAAGCCAACAAGAUAGAUAGUGCAUAUUGUUUUUCUCUCGUUCCGUAAUGAGUUGCGUAUCAUCGUUGCGUAAACGCAUCCAAACGUUUGCAUCGUUCUAUUUUAUUGUACUCUUUACCAGAUAAUUGUUGGUUGUGCAUUUUUAAAUGAACUCACUCUAUUCAUAGAUUAUGGUUAAAAUUAUAUGCUUACGUAAAAAUUUACUCUAAACAUAUACAGUGCCACCUUAAGAAAAUAUUGCAAAAGGCACAUUAAACAAAUAUUAAAAUU